AUAAAGUUAAUAGGAAGUUUGCGUUCAAAGCCGAGCACGUAAACAUGAGGACUUAUCAUUUCGCAGCGGACAGUCGUGAAAGCAUGAAUCAGUGGGUGAACGCGUUGACUUUGGCGACUCUUCUUCAGGAUCCAAGCCCUGGAGCCGGCGAGGCAGCGGUGGUGAUCGAGAUAGCAGGUCAGCAGGAUGGCGAGCGUAGCGCUAGGCCGAGCGUCUCCUCGAUCUCCUCGAUCCUGAACCAGAGUGCCGACGACAGCGACUCAGGGUUUCACGGUUUCCAAUCGCGGGACGACCCUAGCCACGCGUCCAACAACAACUCCAGUCCAAACAGCGUGAACACUGCCUCCUUUCCCAACCUCAGCGGCAGUAACAGCAACAGCAACACGAACAAUGGAAACAAUAAUAACAACAAUAACAACAACAUCGCCAAUACCGGCAAUAACAACGCGAACGACGUUCAGCCAAUGGUGAACGGUUGGAUCCAGCAACAAACGCCCUAUGGGCAGCCGAGUACGUCGCAGCAUCAACAGCAGCAACAAUAUGGACAGUUGAUACCCUCUUCCCAACAACUGCAGCAAGGACACGCGCAUCAGCACCAAGCGUUGCUUCAUCAGCAUCUAACCCAUCAGAAUACCAAUCAGAUUCAUCAGGUCCAUCCGUUGAAGCACGUCGUCCAGCAGCAGCAAUCUCAGAACCAUUUGACCGCCAGCAACGUACAGACUGUCCAGCCCAUGCCGAGAAAAUUCGGGCAACCGAUUUAUGCUAACGCCCCACCGAAGCCUAGAAGACUGACCGAUGGAUCCACCGAAUAUUCGACUCCAUCGCCUGACCCGGAUUACCGGAAGUCACCGGUGUCACCAGACGUGACAGUGACCAGCAAGAGCCCAAUGUCGGACUACGAUAGGGGCAGCAUGAUCUACGGGACGAGGAUGAGUCAGCCGUCGCAGCAGAGUCUGAGGACGGAUAAAUCGGGCUUGAAUUACGGCUAUAGCCAGGUGCAGGCAGAGAGGCGCACGCCGGACAUGUACGGGCGCAGUGCAGCGAAACCGAGAUCGGGCAGGGGGAACGGUGACUACGAGGAAGUUUAUGGGGCACCUCAGUUAUAUCAGAGGCCGGCUGGACCUGUUGGCUAUACCAAAGGGUCCUCGCCAGCACCUAUCCCCAUUCCGCUGUACGCGCAACAACAUCAGCAGUAUCAGCAGCAGAUCCAUUCUCCCGUCACGCCUUCUAAUAUGCCAAUAAUGAGGCAGCCGAGGGCGCAGCCACCACCGCGACCGCACAGCGCGGACUUCUUGGAGUAUGAGGCGACAAGAAAGCCUCAGCAGCAGAUCCCACCGCAGUGCGAAGAAUCACUGAAUCAACAGAGACGUCCACAGAGGCCUAAAUCGAGUUUAGACAUAGUCACUCCGUCGGACGCUACGAACGAUGGUUACUUCUAUUCUGAGGAAAGAUACGCGGCACAGAUGCGCCAGUCCGCAGUUUAUCUCCAUCAGACGCCUCAGCAUCAUCAGCAACAAAGGAACCAAUCACUUUCCCGAGCAACAAUGCCGUCGAAAGCAACGGGAAUCCGCGACAGAAGCGACGAAAGUAGAAUAGCAACGCUGCCGGAAGCUUCCUGCUCUGGCCUGAGGCGAGGACAACGUGAACACGUUCAUCAGCAACACGUGAUGCCUCACCAAUCGCUUCAAAGGCACACAGAGGUAAACAGCAACGAGGCUAAGCUUAGGCGGUCGUUGCGGGAGAAGAGCUACGAGCCGAGCAACCGAGAAAUGCUGAGUCACAUGGGGGAGGACGGGACAGUGCCGCGAAGAAUGCCACGAGAGUACGAAUCGUCGAUGGGGUGGGGCGGUCGGGCGACGAGUCACACGGGCCAGGGGGGGGCCACUCACGUGGGCCAACCGUGUCACGCUCCUCACGCCGUCGCCAGACGAUGGAACGAGCAGCAACAGUUCUGCAGGUCGGCGUCCGCACGACUCCCGAGGACCAGGCAUCCAGCUGCCUUGGACCCCGACGACGACGACUACGGGGAACGAUCUUCCGAGCAGGACUCGCGGGAUGGUGAACGAAAGAUACAGCAGCGCGAGGAGUCGAUGAAGCGGCUGCUGGAGUGGAAGCAGCGGAUGCUGCAGUCUCCGCUAACCCGGAAGCCAUCUGCCUCGGCAAACAGGGGUCGCGCGCAGAACGAGCUGUCGAGCUACUACAAGCAGCAGGCGUUGCUCGAGCUGGCUGCUCACGAGGCCUCCGUCGCAGAGGGUCGUCAUUCGCGGCGCAGAGAGGAUGGUCAUCGGCCACACGUCCGUAGCAAGAGCACAGACGGCCGCCGGACUGUCGCCAACGUUUCGCGAUACAACAGCUACUCCAGCGACGACGAAGAGCUGGGAGAUGUCCGGAGGAAGCGCACGCGCAGACCCUCGCAUGCUGGAAGGAGCCCCCGUCAGCACGGAGACAAUCGUUCGUCGGGAAAUCCGCUCCAAGACGUCAUCCCCGGAAGCGGCCGCCAGAGUCAGAACGCUCUCCGAGUCUCGACCGAUCGACAAACGAAUCCCGCUGCUUCUGUCCUGCCCCAUCUGGGUGGAAUACCCCCAGACGCCGGGUACGAGGAGGUUAGCUUCCCCUCCGUGUCAAGAACCGAUAAUUCCCCACCGUAUCAUUCCUCCGAGCAAAGGUCUACCCCAAGAAACGAUCAGCAAGACCACGAUGCGUCCUCCUUCGAUGAGGAUAAGUUUAAGAAAAAGCCGUCAGGAAUCUUGAAGACUUCCACGGUUUACGGUGCCGAGCAGAGUGGGAAGAGCUCGAAUUCCUCGACAGGAUACGCGACUGAGACCUGGCCUGCUCAAAAGACUGUCCAGUGGACCACGAAGAAAGAAACGGACGAUUGGGAUUCUAAUAUCGACGAGAGUAAGGUUAUCAAGGAGUUCUCUUAUCAAUACAUUAAGCCUAAGGAAGAGCUAGACUCGCAGGAGGACAGGUCUCCGGAUAAAUCGGAAACUAUGAACUUGGUCCAGUGUAGGAUACGCUCGUUCGAGCUGAACAUGGACUGUUCCAGUCCGGUUAAGGAGGUGCUCGCCAUGCAGGAACCAUUGAAGCUGUCUCCCCUUCAAGCGACCGAGGCCCAUGUUUCUAAACUGGACUGCUCGAAGAAGACGUCGUCGAUAAUCCGCAACUUUGCUCUAGGUGAUUCCGACUCUCAGGAGUCCAAGUACAGAUGCAUCAAAGAUGGACAUGCCAAACAAGCGUCCACGGACAGCAACAAGUCCGUGAAGGAUUUGCUGGCUGAUUUCGAGAGGAAGUCUCAACAGGUUCAGAGACAGGAGUACGGUAGACGUCAGGAGGUGAAACACCGCGGGGUGUUCAGCGACUCGGAGGCUCUGCUGUACGACACAGGAAGCGACCUGGAUCAGCGUGAUAAGAACGAGGAUGCACAGAACGAGAGGGACAUGAAAGUGGAUCAAGUUGUACCUGAACCCAUUAGUGACCACAAGAUGUACACCGACACGACGAAGAAGAAAGGCGACGUUUCCUUCAGACGCAAGAAAAGGUCGUGUUCCAAGGAGAGUAUAAGCGAUCAAGCCAUUCCUACAGAGGACCUAGACGUCUUGUCCAACCCUAGCUGUACUAGACUAAGCGUUACCGAGUCUCUGUUAACUCAUGGCGAUCGUUUCUCCGGAGAAAGUGGAACCAUCAGUCCCACAGUGAAGCAGGAGAACGUCAGUCCAGAGGAACACUACCUUCCCAUGUCUCCCAGGAAGGCUAUACUGGAUCCCAAUGACGAUAGACCUAAUCCAAAGAUGAUGGAGAGCCUGUUUGGUAAUUUGGGACACGAAGAGAGCUCUUACGUAGAGAUGGCUCAGAAUGGUAUGACGCAUUCUCUUCUAGCACCCACGGAAGAGAAUGGGAAACACGAUUCCGGCGAUUAUUCUACCUUGGAUACACCUCACUACGAGUUUGUCUGCGUUUCUGAUAGCAAAAUGGAGCCAGUGUACAUGGAGGUUAGUCAGUUGUCGGAGAAAGAUGACCAGGACAGUGGGAAGAUGUCCUUAAAGAAAAGAUCUCACGAAGACUCCACGCAUUCGAGGACCGAUCUUCCUGAUAUUCUAACUGCACUCAAGUCUGACAGUUCCGAUGCCGAUGACGAAUCCUCGAAAGAUCUCGACUCCAUCGACGCUCCACGGCAUCCUAGGUUCAGUUUGUCCGAUACCUUCAGGCCUGCUUCUUAUUACUUGGGUGCUAGUCGAACAAUGAUCGCGGAACUGCACGAUUCCUCCGACAGCGAACUGGUUUCUCCUCCACCGAUCCCAACUUCUCCACCUCCGUUGGACGACUUGGACUCGUUGGACAUGCAAGAGUCCCUAGAGAUUAAGAAGGUGUCUCCGCAGGUAGCAGUGAUGAAAGACAACAGCUCGAAUAGAGACUCCCCGAAAUCGUGGAACAAACCGAUGGGUCAGAUCGAGACUCACAGACCCCCGUCGAGGUUUUCAGACGCCACCAUCAGUUCUACCUUCAGGGACAGUCGAAUUUCUCUGGAAAGUGCGUCCGGAAGUGAUUCGGUAGAAUUAAGGACACCCGAGGAAGAAGCGAGGCAUAGACAACUGAAAACGAGACCUGUCAGUGAGGUGUGCGAAGUUCUGGACAGCUUGGACGAAUUGGAGUCUCUUGGGAGUCGCUUCGAUGGAGCCAGUAUCGACUUGGAUCAGUACCUGGAAGAGCUGCAGGCUCGCGAUGCCUUCAACGUAGACUUGUACGCGAAAGACCUCAGCUAUAAUAGUAUUUACGGAUUUAACGAGAACAUGAUGGUAGUGGACAAACUUCAGAAAACCACUUGCCACGAUCUGUCGAGGCAGGUCAAUCUGGGGUUCGGUAAUCUGCACCAGUCUCUGAGAUACGGUGCAACGAAUAAAAUGGGAUCGGCGAGUAGCCUACCCUCCAUGAGAGUGUGCGACGCUCCUCCUUCUCAUCAGCAUUCGCAGUCCUUCACCGGAGACACUCAUUACGAGAAUAUCUCAAGCUUUUCUCCGCUGAGGAACUCUCCUGCAGUCCGAUCGGACAACGAUCACGCGCGAGACAAUACUCUUAGGCUCCAAAGAGGAUCGCAAAACAAUUUGCUGACAGCUUCGCAUAGCAGAGACUCGAGUUACUCUCUAGCCUCUGGAGCUGCUUCCAUCUCUACUUCCAUGGCCUGUCAGAGACCUGCCAGUGCACAGUCCUCGAUGCAUUCUCCUACCGGUUCGAUGUCCAUGGGGAGCCAUGGGAACAGUUUGGUUACCAAUAUGGUGCAGAACACGAGUCCCUAUUCCGAUCAGAGGUUCCAAAGUCACUCCAGGUCGGCCAGUCAGGAUUCUGCUAGGUACUCGAUGAUAUCGAACCAUAGAUCCUCGUCCAGUCAGGAUUCCAGUCAUUACCCGACCUCAACGUCCACGGUUAAAGCGAAUCCUGCACCGCAAUCAUAUUUGCCGGCCGAGCCACGUCCUCAGAGCGAACAAUCGGGUGCUCCUUAUUACUAUUCGGACCUCCAAGCCAGUGUAAAUGCAGUGGACACAGAUUCGGUGAAACCGAUCGGUCAUACGUCCAGGUUACCUCAAUUAAAUAAUCAAAGAGACGAUGCAUCUGCAUUGAACAAGAGGAACGAUAUAGGGCGUAUCGUGAAUCCCAUUUCCAGACAAAUGCCCAGACAGAUCCAAGUGGACGACAUAGACGAAGCCAGGCGAAUAGCCGCAGAACUCAGGAAGACGACCUGUCAGCUGUUAGGUGAUAACAAAGUGGAUCUCGUGGACAAGAAGAACUUCUACGAAGCCGAUACUCUCAGAAGGGUGAAGUCCACUGAUCCCUUGCCUGACAUAUCCUCGGCAGAGAUCAGUACCAGGAACCUGUACCCUCACGGUCUCCGAGACAAGUCGAACAGCCAGUCAAACAACCGAGACACCUUCGAGCUGACUCUAGCGACCCAGACGUCGCAUCGAAGGUCCAGGUCUCUGGAAGGUCUCUUGGACGACGUUGGUCUUCAGAAUCUGAUGGAACAGAGGAACAGGACCAACCGUGUAGCGACUGUUCAGCCUACGCAGAUGGAAGAAACGCCACCGGACAUGGAGACCGGUAACGUUUCUACGUCGAACGGCUUCAACAUCGAGGAUCCCUGGGAACAGGACUCCCUCUGGAGAGAAAGCCUUCGAAGAGUCAGUCUAAGGAACGCUAGAUCUCUGGACAACCUGGACAGUCCCCCAAGACCCACUGUGUCCGGCUCAGACACAAAAGGACGGAACAAAGUGACUCGUGGCGCCACCUACGUGAAUGACAGCGUGAUCUUAAGAAGAGAGAACUGCUUGGAGGAUUCCUCGGAUAGACCCCGUGUGAAACGCAGAGCCAACAAGGAGCAAGACAGGGACCACAUGGUCGACGACCUAACCUACGAGAGCUUGUCGAUGGAGCGGAUUCACGCGGGCGGGUACGUGUGGGACGCGCAGAACGAGGCAUACCGGAAAGCCACCGCCGAGGAUAGGGAUCAUUUUUUAGAGGAAGGCAACCUUCCCCCGGUUCGCUCGAUCUCGGAGACGACGCAGCAGGUGUCCGGGCCGGCGGCCACGGCGUUCGAGCUCGACCGAGAGAAACUACGACAAUGGGACCUGCUGUCGAGCGCCUGCUUGCUCCAGGAACAGCAGCGCAGCUCGAUGGCGGACUCGGGGCGAGGGUUGCCAAUCGCGGAACGACCUGGAGACGUUCUCGACAUGUCGAGGAACGGUGCACGGCUGCUGAACAGUGGCGCCGGCACCGGAACGAUUACGAGCACGACUGCUGCGGCCAAUCGCGAUCGAGACGUCGUUUUGAAGGUGCUCGACGCGGACAUGCAGAGUACCUCGACGACGAGCAACGGACCGAGCAUCAGGCAGGAGCUGAACGAGACCAAGGAGGCUUGUAACAGGGCUGCAGCGUCCGGUUCCGGCUCGGUGAUAGGGAGGGACCCACUUCCGCCGAGAGCUGUCAGCACCUCGCAACUGGCUCAAAGAACGCAAACACAACCAGCGGCCACCGUGUCCACCCUUCCACUGCCGAGAAGUAACGCCACGCACAGGCAACCCCUACCACUUCACCAGUCCACCCCUCAGUCGGUAAGGCAGUCGGAGAACGACAUGACUAAUUCGCAACUACUGCGGGCCGCCAGCAGUGGUGACAUUGGAACUGGAUCUGCCAUAUUAAACAACAACGAUGGAAAGGACAUGAGGUUAACCUCUCCAAGCAGCCUUAACACUCAACGAUUGAUGAGUCCAGCUGGGGCUUUAAGGGUUGUCUCCUUGAACGACCAUCGAGUUUCCAGCCCCAGUGAUAGCGAUAUACGAGUUCAUAGUCCGAUCGAAAGGAAAAUGGUGAGCCCGAUCGGCAGAGAGGUGGACCGUGGCGGGGGCACGACUGCUAGGCAGAAUCAGCGCGUAUGGGAGUGCAACGAGUUGCUGCACAAAAGGAGCAACGUCAGCGCCCAGCGAACAGAGGGCAGCAAGCUGGCGCAACCCGGAACCCACGGACUGGUUCGCGUGUCCGCCGGCGAACUCCUUGGUAGGACCCACGAGGAGCUGGUGCUUCUGCUGAUCCAGCUACGCAGGCAGAACGCCACCAUCUACAAAGCAAUGGAGACUUGCCACAUGGAGAUCGAGGCACAGGCUAGAUUGGCAGAGCUUGAUACCCCCCGACGAUUGGAGAAUCUUCAGAAGCUCGAGGAACUGAAGAAGCACCUGAUGGAUCUCGAGAAGCAGUACGAGAAGGGCAAGCCGUUGGUGAACCUUGUGGACAAUAUGGUGAAGCUGGGCUCCCUGUACAAUCGCAACACUGCCAAUGGGACCAACAGUGUCUCGGGUUCUCGACACGACCUAGCACACGACAAUUCGAGGGAUCAUCGUUUGGAAUUCAAUCAGAAGGUGCAGGAGCAACGUUUGCUCGCCGAGGAGCGCAGGGACUGGGACCGAUUAAGCCCCGAUCAUGGACAAUUACAGGCCAAGGUGCAGCAGCUAUACAAACUGGAUCGCUUGCUCCAGGAGGAAUCCGGAACACUUCACAGUCUUCAACAAGAUAAGGAGAUCCUGGAAAAAGCAUUGGGUGGUCUCCGACACAAGCUGCAGGGCAGCAGGAGCAAUUUGGCGGAAGCGGAGAGAUACAGGAAGCAGCAGCUCCUGCUGGAGAAAGAGCUUAGCAGAGUGAGGGUGUUGCUGGCACACAACUCCAAGAAACUCGAAGAAACAGUCGCCGAGAACGCGAGAUUGGAGCAAGAUUUAGUGGUGCUACGACAAAAGCUCCAAGCAUCGAGAAGAUAUGCAGGGAACAUGACUAGAGACACCUCGGCCACGACUGGUCCUCUUGAAGCAGAAUUGAGAAGAGUUCAACAAUUAGUCGGAGAUCUUCAGAGACAACGAAAGGAGUUGAGUAUUCAAGUUAGACAGUUAACAGAGAAGUCUCAUAGUUUGGUGCAGCAGAUUCGACCGCAACCCACUUCUGCCCCUCAAGUACAUCAGCCAAAGAAGCGAACACAAAACUCUUGGUUGGAGACUGAUCUCGAUUCCGGAAUAACCUUGGACCACGGCUUGGACUCGCCAUCAAGCCCCGCGCUGUCCUCUUCACCGCGUGGAAAGCAGAAUGGUGGACCGUACCCGCAUUUCAGUUCACCGACACAGAUCAAAGACUCGUCGCCCACGAAUCGUCAGCAGACGAACUUACAGUCGUAUCCUCAGUCGCCACAGAAUCAUAUUUCCUCGCUCUCUCCUCAGCUACGAGAACAGAUUCAACAGCAUCAGCUGAAGCAACAGCUUUUAAAGGAUCAAAUGCAGGGGAAAGGAAGCCUGAUGCAAGCGAAUGUCGUUCCAUUGUACGUCAACACAGAUUCCAGAAUUCAAGAAAACAAUAAGCAAGAUGAAAAUCUGACUAAUGGCACAAUUCCUCCACCGGAGUACGUUCCACCUCCGCCGCCACCACCUCUAAACGAAGAGGCAUUACUAAAUGAUAAUUACAGACAAAACGAGGACAACAAGUUUGCUGGCCUAAUACAUAACCGUGAGAAACAAGAGAUUAAGACCGUGCGAAUUGUGAAACGAGAAUCUGAAAGACGUCAAAGAGAUCGAGGAGACAGAACUGGAAACAUUGGAAUUCCAUUAACGAACGGACUUCAGGCUCCUGGUGGUGCAAAGAGAUUAUGCGACGAUGAUUUAGGAGGUUCCCAGAAGUUUGAGAAGGCCCAAUUAGGAAAGGUGGUAGAAGAGUCGCCGAUGAUUCACGCUCAAAGCACAGUCCAGUUAACGGAUUUGGACGACGUGCAGUUCCAAAGAAGCAUGUCCUUACCAAGAGGUUUCGGCGGACAACGACAACAGCAGCCUGAGAUUCAUCAAGUUCCAGUGGUGCCUCCUCCUAGAAGCGAUAGUAUGCACGCUCUGAGAACUAUGCUAGCUAGACGGAACAAAAUUAGGUUCGAAACUCAGGACGGAAGCUCGGACAGUACUCUAUCACCGUACACGGAGAGCUUUGCUUCGAGCUCGCACGUGCCUAUGAGCUCACCAAAUUAUUCGACCAGUCCGUCCUAUAGUCCCAGCCAGCAGAAUUAUCCGAUUAGAUCCAACCACCACCACCAUCAGCUGCCAUAUUACCCACCGUAUAGACACUACGAGAAUCCUGUAAGAAACGAAAAUAUCCUGGAACCAGUGAGUCCAGAAUUAUUAUCACCGACGAAUCUCGAAGGCCAGGACAGGGCAUUUGGUUCAUCGUUGAACGUGAACACGUCUAACUCACCGCAAUUAUCGCCCGUUUUCAAGAGCGAGGCCGCAAAACAGAUCAUCAAGGAAAUGACGGAGAAAAAGGUUGAGGGGCCAAGACGCAGACAGAUUCCUCGCGAAAAAAGGAGACACUAUACCGUGUCCAGUAGCAAACCUGUCCUCGACCUAGAAGACACCUUCUCCAAGAUGGGAAUGGGUAGAGCCAGAGAUGAUCUAGAUAUGGAACGAGCGCUCAGGCCGAGGAUUAAUGCACCGGAUGUUGUAAGAUCGACCUUGAGUCAUAAGGAGCUAAAAUAUAACGAGAGCACUAUCGAUCAGCUAUUAGGAACGCCCAAUAAAAUUGUAAUUCCAGAAAGAUACAUCCCUGAACAGACACCAGAAUUAACUGCGGAAGAACAGGAGCAGCGACUGAAGAAGGCGGAAGCAAUAAGAAAAAUGUUAUCGGAAACAACCGUGACUGCGCCGGAUGGAAGCGAUGAUAAUAUCAAUAUUGAGCAGUCAGACAGCUUGAAAAGAAAAGUAGUCGAAGAGAAACGGCAAAGAGAGCAUAUUCUGCAACUAAAUCAAAUUUUGGCCAAGCAAGUUAUGGAAAAAAGCAAGAUGGUGGCAGGUAACCAGGCACACUGACUGACAUACUUUCUCCAUCUUCCCAUAUAGGACACGCACAUCAUAUUAUCGUUUCUCAGUGAAAGCACUGGCCACUCUUCCUUUGAAGACCGAAUCGAGCUUAGAAGACGAAGAUCUUUCGCCUGUAACGCCAUUACCGC